AUGCUUCGAAACUAUCGACUAGUUUGGCUUGACAAUGACAUUGACAAUGUGAAAAACUAUGAUUCUAUUGCACAAUUAAGGUCAAUCGUGAAUACAAUCGAUACAUUUAACGAUAUUGCUGCAUGUUUUGAGCAUAUUGAAAGUAUCAAAGACGAGACGUCAGCAUUACUCGUUUCAAAUAAGCUUGGCGAAAAAAUAAUACCAACUAUACACAAGCAAUCGAAUAUAAACGCGAUCUUUAUCUUUAGCCAAACCGUCAUCUCCGACAAUCGAUGGAUGCAGAAGUGGUGGAAAAUACAUGGAGCAUUCCAUGAUAUAUCAUCCGUUUGCCGAGCAUUGAAGUCUGCUACUUACGAUUACAAUCAGAGUACAAUCGCAAUGAAUUGUUCCCGAACGAAUAGACUCGAUCAUGACCUCAUUUAUACGUUUUUACUAAAAGAAAUCUUAUCUACAAUCAAGUUUGAAUACGAGCAUAAGCGUGAAUUUCUGAAAUACUGUCGCGAACAAUAUGUGGGCAACAGUAUACAAUUGAAAAAAGUCGAUCAACUUCAAACGGACUAUCGUCGGCAGGACGCUAUCGCAUGGUACACACAUGAAGGAAUCUUGUAUUCGAUGCUUAAUGAUGCUUUGCGUACACUGAAUGUAGAUUUAGUUCUCAAGAUGGGCUUCUUUAUCAAUGAUCUUCAUGAACAAAUUGUUGCUCGUCAUUUGCAACAGCAUGGUAAUCAGCAGGUGGCAGAGCCACUCACUGUAUUUCGAAGUCAAGGUGUUUCUCAUUCAAAUUUCGACUUGUUGAUGAGAACACGAGGUGGAGUAUUAUCGUUUAACAACUUUCUGUAUACCAAUAAGAAUCGUGCCGAAUCUCUUGAUUUUGCCCGACGGACAAUGACUAAAUAUGACGUAGUUGGCGUUCUUUUUAUCGUUACUGUUGAUUCUGCAACAUCUAAAACUCCGUUUGUUAAUAUUCAUAUGGAAGGUGACGAAGAACAGGUACUCUUCUCUAUGCACUCAAUCUUUCGCAUUGAUCAAAUGAAACAAAUCAACGGAAAUAAUCGUUUUUGGCAAGUUGAAUUAUCGUUGAUGGAUAGUGAUAAAUAUUUAUCUGAUGAUAGUAUUCAACAUGCGCGCAAAGAAAUAGAAGGAUCAACCGAAUGGGUUCGAAUAGGAAAACUGAUGGUAAAGUUAGGACAAUAUGAUCUAGCCGAAAGCCUUUAUCGAAAGAUUCUUUUACAAACAAAUCAGGCAAAAUCACAAGCAGAUUUACUAUACCAACUUGGAUGUAUCUAUUGUAUUCAAGGGAAAUAUUUCGAAGCAUUAGCAUCCUAUGAAAAAGUGUUAAGGAUGCAUGACAAAUUAUUCUCGUCGAAACAUCCCAGCAUUGCCAAGUGCUACAAUGAUAUCGCAAUUGUCUAUGGUGAAAUGAACGAAAUCUCAACGGCACUAUUCUAUUCGGAAAAAGCUAUCGAAAUAUUCGAGAAAGCCGUUGAAGAGAAUCCUUUAGAUUUAGCAAAUGCCUACGAGAUCAUUGGAGUAUUAUAUUCCAAGAGGAAUGAUUAUUUAAAGGCACUUGCGUAUUAUGGAAAAGCAUCGAGAAUCUACCAAAGAACUCUACCUGCAAAAGAUCCUCAGUUUGCUAAUUUGAAUACUAAUAUUGGUUCCAUCUAUGCUAGAAUGAGCGAAUAUCUUACAGCACUGACAUAUUUCGAGAAAGCACUUGAAAUUCAAAGCAAAAGUCUUCCUUCAAACCAUCCUGACCUAGCCUUUUCCUAUGGACACAUAGGAUUGGCGUCGUUCUUUACCGGGAAUCACUCAAAUGGAUUAUUGUAUUGUCAACGAGCAUUAGAAGUAGCCCAACAGUCAUUACCGGUAAAUCAUCCUCAUAUUCAAAUCUAUAAGGCUAAUUUAAACUGCAUUACAUCACAAAUGAACGAUACUGUACAGGAAUAA